UUAUCUAUGGCACAAAACUAACGUUGGUUUCAGUCAGUCAGUCAGUCAACCCGUCAGUCAGUUUAUUAAUAUUGUACAUGUCGCCGAUUAGUGUUUUGUACUAGACCUUUUAAUGUAAUAGAUUACUAUUUAUAUUUUUACGAUGCUUGUACCAAUUCGUUACACAAAAAAUGUGUUCCUGCGCGGGAUGUGCUUCGUGUAUUUAGCUGCGUUUUUAUCCUUUUAUUUGCAGAUUCCAGGCCUUUAUGGGGAGAAUGGAAUUCUGCCGGCGCGAACACAAAUGAUCAGCAAAUCGAAGGAUUUGAUCUCUGAAAUUCAUAACAAGCCGACGUUGUUAUGGUUUGCGCCGUUUUUAGGAUUAAAUAUAGAGUAUAUGCUCGAUGUUGUGUGCUUAUGUGGUAUUGUUCUCUCAUUUAGUGGGUUGAUAUCACAGAAGUUUUGUCUUGCUCCUGUAUUUGCAGCUUUGUGGUCAUUAUAUUUCUCAUUACAACAAGUGGGCCAUGUUUUUAUGUCUUACCAAUGGGAUAACUUCUUAUUAGAAGCUGGUUUUCUAACAUUUUUUGCUGCUCCUUGGAAAUAUGUAAGAAUGCGAACAACAGCAGUUACGGCCACAACUCCGCGUGAUCAUAUUGCUUUGUGGGGAAUAAAGUGGUUAUUGUUUCGUGUGCUAUUCACAAUGGGCACUAUUAAACUUAGCAGUGGUUCUCCUUUAUGGUGGAAUUUGUCAGCUUUAUCUACACAUUUUGAGACAAUGCCUUUGCCUUCACCAUUAGCAUGGUAUUCUCAUCAUCUUCCACAUUGGUUUCUGAAAGUUGUAACUGCAUCAGCAUUAGCUAUGGAUAUUGUUAUGCCUGCAUUAUUCUUCAUCCCAGUAAGGGCAGUACGUUUGACAUCAGUGUUUCUUAGGAUUAUUCUACAACUCCACAUAAUAGCUACAGGAAAUUUCAACUUUUUCGACUUCCUUAUCAUUGUAUUGUGUGUAUCUUUAAUGGAUGAUCGAAUCUUCCUAAAAUUUAGAUCACAUUCCCAACAAAGGUCUUCAACAGUUCUAAAAGUUGCAAGCAAGCUUCCUACACCAGUGAUAUUUUCCUUUUUAGCUUACUGUUUGAUAUUAGCAUUAGGCUUUAAAUUUCAAUCUGAUUAUACCAUCACAGCAAAACUUGGAUUUACUCAAGAGCAGUUCCAAACUUAUCUUCCAAAAAUGAUUUUAUAUUCCUAUAUUUUUGCUUUGCUAAAUCUUGGAUAUUUAAUAGUUAGAUCUUUAAAUGAUGUUUUUUCACAGCAUGUUGGUGCAACUAGAAUUAAAGCGUUCUGCAUUACUUUUAUUAUUUUAGUAGCUGAACUCUUCCUUUUUGGUUUAAGCACUGUACCGAUGUCUUCAUUGCAUCAUGUUAGUAAUUCUACAGUACUACCUCAAGCCAGGUCUCUACAUAAUAAAUUUUCACAUUUGCAUAUUGCUAACUCUUAUCCAAUAUUUCGAAAAACUAUUGGGCUCAACACUAGAAAAGAAAUCAUAAUUGAAGGUUCAAAUAAUAUUGAAGGGCCGUGGCAAGAAUACAAUUUUGUAUAUAAACCUGUACAUGUUAAUAAUUCACUUGCAUUUGCAGCUCCUCAUCAGCCUCGUUUAGACUGGCAAAUGCAUUUUGCAUCCAGAGGAACUUAUCAACAACAUCCUUGGAUAAUGUCUUUGGCAUACAGGCUGCUGGAAGGGCGACCAGAAGUACUUGCUCUUUUGAGUACAAACCCAUUUAGUUCCAAUCCUCCAAAAUAUGUACGAGGAUCUCUUUACAACUAUAAAUACGCCCCAUGGAGUUCAAGCACUGCUUGGUGGACGAGAGAAAGACUUGGAGAAUAUUUCCCUGUAUUUACUAAAGAUAGUUCAACUUUAUUAGAGUAUAUGAGAAACAUGAACAUAUUACUGCAAUAUGCAGAUAAGGAGUCAAAGCCUGUUCUACCCAUAUUUAAGAUUAUUCUUGAUAAAUUGAGAUCCAUAAUAAGCCGUGUGGAGGGUAGUUUCUUAAUAUGGACCAUAUUCCUCACAGUAAUGGUGGCUGCAGUAACUCGACGUUAAAGCAUAAUAGCGGUAACAUCAAAGCAUAUCUUAUAAAAUUAUUAUUACCAUAUUGUAUAAAUUUGCUAUUAAUAUUAUCUGUAUGAAUAUUUUUUAUUUUGGCCCAAGAAUUGUUAAUUUUGCAGUAUUUUUAUUGUGGAUAAUGCACAUGUACUUAAUCUAAAUUUUAUUAUUCUAAACCAAAGAGAUAAUUCACUGUGUGAUAGUCAUUUUCCAUCA